GAUCCGCCACGAAUGUGGAUCAGGCGGCUUAGGUAUGUUCGGGGGGACCUUCGCCGCUCGGUUCGAGAAGAGACGGGCCUGGCGUGCGACGUAACAGGUGCACGUAGAAGUGACCAAUCGCGCGAGUGGCCGCCGGCUCUCCCGAGGGUGGUGGCCGCGCGGGCGACGAGAGGAGGAAUGCCAGUCCUGUCAGACAGCCGGGCCGCAAAAAGCUGAUAGGACAGAUGCCGUCGGGCGGCGAACGUGCACGUGCGACGCUUUUUUCCCCUCGUGAUACGGCGGAUGCGCGAUGUCCAGGGAGCUGUCACGGAGCUCGGCCCUCAACGACAUCUCCGUUUGGGACACGGAAGAAGUGCUGAGACUGCUGCGGAAGAACGGCCUGGAGGAAUGUUGCCAAGCGGUCGCGAAGCGGCAGAUCGACGGCGAUGAAUUGCUACACUUGACGGAUGGAAAGCUGGCUCUCUGGAAGAAUGACCUCACGCGGCCACUGAUAGGAAAAUUAUUCGCGUUCGUUCAGGAACUGAACAGGUCGCCGGUGAAGUAUCUGCCGGAGAAGGCCGCGGACGCUCAGCCGAACGAUGAUCACCCGAGCGACAACGACGACUGGGACACCGACUUCGACGACGACGGGCCCGAGGAGAACUCCCGCGGCGAGGAGAGCACGGAGCAGAUGAAGAUCGUGGAGCCCGGUCUGGUCAAGAUGAGGCAGGCGCUCCUGCAGAACAACAACGUGCGUAAACCGAUGCGACCGCCGCCGGAGCAGGAGGAGACUUACGCCAACUGCGAGUCCUGUCAGGACGACGACGAGGAUAACAUGUACGAGAACUUCCAGGAGCCGAUGCCGCCGCCCCCGAGAAACGUAUCGAGGCUGCACGAGCAGUUGCAGAAGGCACUGAAGGAAAAGGCCGCGAAGGAAAAAAAGGAAGAGUCGAAGCGCAAGAGCGAGCUGCUGGCGAACAAGCCGACGAUCGGUCCGAAGCCGGAAACCUUGUCGUCGAGGAAGAUCCCGGUGACCUCCCCCGACAAGAAAUAUCCACAGAGGUCUUUCCUGCAUAAUCCGCCCAAGAUAAAUCAGUGCGUUCCUAAAGAGAUGCCAAAAAGAAUGGUUCCGCCGCCUUCUUCGGAAUCUAAGAGGAACAAGGACUACGUACCACCCGAGGAGGCGAAGAAGCCGGAGAAGGGGCUGCCGAAACCGCCGGCCACCAUAAGGAACUUCGACCUCGUGGCGAAUCUGCCGGAGCGAACGGAAGAGAGCGAGGACGAGUACGAGACGUGCGACAACGUUAUCGAGCAGCCUCAGAGGAAGGACAUCACCAGGGUCGACAGCAAGCUGUCGCUGCACAGCGGCCGUCAGGGGUCGGUCGAGAGCGUUUACAAGCCGCCCAGCGCCGCCAGCCACGAGGAGGAGGAGGAUGAGGAGGAGUACGAGAUUUACGAGUGCAUCACGGAAAUGCCGGAGGACAACAAUGGUUACAUGAGCCCCAUUCAAAGGACAAACGACGCGGAAACGCCACCUCCGUUGCCCGCCAAGCCGUCACCCACCCCGCCGUCCACUCCGUUUAAUCAGAGAACCAGGCCGGAUAAACUCAAAGAGCGAUCACCGGAUAAGAAGUCGGCCACGUUACCUCAUUCUAGCAGUAACGUCUCGUUGUCAGCCGACAGAGCUACGCGUCCGCUACCACCCCCGCCGGAAAGGCAGUCCUACGUGGACAAACCCUGGUUUCACAACGUCACCAGGGAACAGGCGAACACUCUCAUUAAAGAGCAAGGUACUUACAACAACCCACAGGAUGGAUACUUCCUUAUGAGACCAUCCACUACGAACGUCGGCAAUCCUUUAGCCUUAGUUCUUUGGUACAAGGACAGGGUCUACAAUGUUCCGGUUAGGAAGAGGAGCGACAACAGAUACGCUCUGGGCUCCCCAAAGAUGAACGAGCAGUCCUUCUCGACGAUCGAGGAGAUCGUGACGUUUUACAUGCGAGAAGAACUGGUGCUGCACACCGGCGGAAGCACGAAGUUGACUGACACCCCACCAAAGUGAUCUUAGUCCGCCACGUAGGCUACA